AAUCCCCGGAUGAUGGUGGUGGCGGCUGCCUGUUAGCAGGCACUUUCUGCUUUACAGGAGCUGGUGGGCACAGUGCCUUUCCGUGUCGGUGUCCCGGGCACCCGGCCACCGCUCCACCCCCUUUUCUACGACAUGGAGCCAGAGCCGGCGGCACCGAAGCAGCUCCGGCCGCGAAGACGAAGCAGCCGAGCCUUUGGGCUCAAGGCGGACUGCGCCACGGGUCCCUCGGCUGACACCCCCAGACCGGGACCGCCGGACGGCAGAUAUUCCCUUCGGAGAGGUAGCUCCUUUACUUUUUUAACACCUGGACCACACUGGGACUUCACCUUGAAAAGAAAACGGAGAGAGAAAGAUGAUGAUGUCGUGAGCCUUAGCAGCCUUGAUCUGAAGGAACCAAGCAAUAAAAGAGUUCGACCUCUAGCUCGGGUCACAUCCUUGGCAAAUUUAAUCUCUCCUGUAAGAAAUGGAGCAGUCAGACGUUUUGGUCAAACAAUACAGUCAUUUACUCUUCGUGGUGACCACAGAUCCCCAGCCUCUGCCCAGAAGUCAUCUGGCAGAUCAACAGUCCCAACGCCUGCCAAAAGAAGAAGCAAUGUGCUGUGGUCAGAGAUGUUAGACAUCAGUAUGAAAGAGUCUUUAACCACCAGAGAAAUCAAACGUCAAGAGGCAAUAUAUGAAAUGUCCCGAGGUGAACAGGAUUUAAUUGAAGAUCUCAAUCUUGCAAGAAAGGCCUACCAUGACCCCAUGUUGAAGUUGUCUAUCAUGUCAGAAGAUGAACUCACACACAUAUUUGGUGAUUUGGAUGCUUACAUACCUCUACAUGAAGAUUUGUUGGCAAGAAUAGGAGAAGCAACUAAGUCUGAUGGAACAGUGGAGCAGAUUGGUCAUAUCCUUGUGAACUGGUUACCAGGCUUGAAUGCCUACAAAGACUACUGUAGUAACCAGCUGGCAGCGAAAGCUCUUCUUGAUCAAAAGAAACAGGAUCCAAGAGUCCAAGACUUCCUCCAGCGAUGUCUUGAGUCUCCCUUCAGUCGAAAACUAGAUCUUUGGAGCUUCCUAGAUAUCCCUCGAAGUCGCCUAGUCAAAUAUCCUUUACUAUUAAAAGAAAUUCUUAGACACACUCCAAAAGAGCACCCUGAUGUUCAGCUUCUGGAGGAAGCAGUAUCAAUAAUACAAGGAGUUCUCUCUGAUAUCAAUGUAAAGAAAGGAGAAUCUGAGUGUCAGUAUUACAUUGAUAAGCUGGAGUAUCUGGAUGAGAAGCAAAAGGACCCAAGAAUUGAAGCAAGUAAGGUGCUGCUGUGCCAUGGGGAGCUGAAGAACAAAAAUGGACAUAAACUUUAUAUUUUCCUGUUUCAAGAUAUCUUGGUUUUGACUCGGCCUGUUACUCGGAAUGAGCGUCAUUCUUACCAGGUUUACCGGCAGCCCAUCCCAGUCCAGGAGCUAGUGCUAGAGGAUCUGCAGGAUGGGGAUGUGCGAGUUGGAGGAUCCUUUCGAGGGGCUUUUGGCAACUCAGACAAAGCUAAAAAUAUCUUUAGAGUCCGCUUCCAGGACCCCUCUCCAGGCCAGUCUCACACUCUACAAGCCAAUGAUGUAUUCCACAAGCAGCAGUGGUUCAACUGUAUCCGAACCGCCAUUGCCCCUUUCCAGCAAGUCACCAGUCCGCCAGAGCUUCAGGAUUUGCCAGAGCUCCACGAAGAGGGUGAAGAGAACAACCCUUCAGCCGGGAACCCCCAAGCCCAGAGAAGGCCAUCGGUGGUUUCCAGUGUUACGCGGGUAGAAGGCAGUGAAAAUGCAUCUGAAUUUGGUUUUGGUGUACAGGUAGCAGAAGACUCCAAGAGUGCAAAGGGACAUCAAGUGCAAUAUUGCUUCCGAAGAGCAAGCGACAAAGCUCAGUUAAGUGGCAGACAAAAAGAGACUUUGGUGUAAAGGGAGCUCUGUGGAUUAACUGUCAGGGAGACUAUUUAUAAAUGUGUACAGUUCUGGGUUUUUUGUAAUGGGGCUCUCAUAGGUUACUUUGUACCAGUUGUAACAUUUUCAUGGUUUGAGGUUCCUUUUCCUUUCUUUCUUUUAUUUUUUAAUGGCAGCUAAAGGUAUUCAGAUUACAAUUAAAUUGCAGACUUUUUUUCCAAAGAUAUUUUCUUGGAUUAUUUAGAACAUGCAAACCUGAUAUUUUUAAUCAGAUGAAAUAUUUAUGAAAUUAAUGGGUUUUU